AUGAACCUCAAAGUCGCCCGUCCGCUCCGCAUCGCCAUCCUCGAAUGUGACACGCCGCUGCCCCAGACCAAGAAGAAGUUCCAAGGCUACGGCGGCGUGUUUGAAUUCCUCCUCCGCGCUGGAGCCAGGGCCUUGAACAGUCCCGAUCUCGAUCCCGACACGGGCUUCGAGUUGACGCGAUGGCAGGUCGAACUUGAGCCGGAAAAGUAUCCGGAUCCCGCUACGGUCGAUGCCAUCUUGAUCACAGGUUCUAAACAUGACUCGUUCGCCGAUACGCCGUGGAUCAACAAGCUCGUCGACUACACCACCAAAAUCCUCACCGAGACCAACGUGCGCGUCAUCGGUGUCUGCUUUGGCCACCAGAUUGUCGGCCGGGCCUUGAAGGUCGGGGUCGGACGCAAUCCGCAGGGAUGGGAGGCGGCGGUGAACCAAAUCCAGCUGUCGGCCAAAGGCAAGGAGAUUUUCGGGGUUGACACGCUGCGACUACACCAGAUGCACCGCGACUGUGUCUUCACCUACCCGGAAGGUGUCGAGGCGCUGGGCUCGUCUCCCGUGUGCAAAGUGCAGGGCAUGUACGUGGCCAAACGACUGUUCACGGUCCAAGGGCACCCGGAAUUCAACCAGGAGAUCAUGACCGAAAUCGUCAACACGAGGCACGCCACGGGAGUUUUCGACGACAAGGCCUUCCAAGAGCACUCGGGCAAAGUGGCCUUGCCGCACGACGGCUUGGUUGUCAGCCAGGCGUUUUUGAAGUUCUUGCUGGAACAAUAG